AUGAGUAUAGGAAAAUUGGCACAUUAUUCUUUUGACUUAGUUUUAAUUUCUAUUAUAUUGGCAGGUGUUCAUAGAAACACAGGUUUGGCGUUCGACACUUCAAGCUUUUCUUCAAUUGACAUCCGCAGAUGGUUCGGUAAAUACUUGGCAAUGGGAGAAAAGUGCUAUGACUCAGUUGUAUCUAUUUUAAAGGCUAGUGGUUAUUUUAAACAGAGGAACUUAUUGUAUGAUUAUGUUUCCGGUCAGACAUCAAAUCAAAUAUUCAAAGAUCAAACAGGGAGGGAUUUAAAAGAUUUACCCAUCAAAAAAUAA